AUGGUACAAGUGGCGGAUAUUCUUGAAGUUGGACCAUGGGACGUCGUUCUCCUUGCCUUCCUUGGAUAUUUGAUUUACAGAUUCUUCUUCAAAAAGCAGCCAGAAAUUGAUUUCCCCAAAGCCCCACCUCGGCUCCCACCUUUGGACAUGAAGGAUAUGACACUCGAAGAGCUCCGUCCUUAUGACGGUGUGCAAGACGAGAGGGUUUUGCUCGCUGUUUGCGGAAAUGUAAGUAUUUUUUCAUUCUUUGUUGGAGUUUUAGGAGAAAUUGAAACCUGAUACUUGACGGUCAUGGGGAAUUUAUUUUUGGGCGAAAUUGCCAAAGAUCACAUAGAACUUUACCCCCUAAAGUUGAAAAGCUUUAAGGAAAUAACAAUAGAGCUUGUGUAUCAUUUUGAGACAUUCUAUUAACCAGUAAAUUUACUUAUUCGUUUUUUCUUUUAGAUUUAUGAUGUGACCCGCGGAAAGGACUUCUAUGGCCCUGGAGGACCUUAUGAGAAAUUGGCAGGCCAUGAUGCCACCAGAGCUCUCGCUACCUUCGAUGCCAAGGCCGUCAAGGAUGAACAUGAUGAUCUCGAAGGUCUAACUCAGGAUGAUUUGAACGAUGCUAAGGAGUGGGACGAGAAAUUGAGAGGUAAUUAGAUUUUAGAGUUUUAACGGCCUUUCCGAGUCUUUUUAUCUCAAAGAUUUUUGUAUUUUACACCGAAAUUUCAGUCAAAUACGAAUUUGUGGGCAAACUUCUGAAACCGGGCGAGAGUCCCACCGAUUACGGAGAUCGCAAAGCCGCUAUUCAAUAG